AUGCAUAACGCAGAGAUCUUCGUAAACGAUGGCAUCUACCAGAACUUCUUGAACGCCUUGGUAGAAGGAGAGAAGUCGAUCCCCACCCCAGUCCUCCUGCACUGCUAUGGCGACCCAUACCGCUCGGUUCUGCGCGAUGGCUGUGCCUACACCAUAUGGGGACAGACGUGCUGCAGCGCCGACAAAAUCAAGACCGCCUGUUCUCUGCGCUACCAGGAGCCCCGCUGA